GUCUGCAGGAAGACUGAAAGCAGACGUCACAAUACACGACGACGUCGUGGUAUCAUAACACUAGAGCGCGAGCAAGUGUCAAUUUUGAUUAUUGUCAUCGUUCAUCUGAGUAUCGAUAGUUCUGUCAAGAUCGUUUGGAAUUUCCACCGAUGAUCGACAAAUCGCGUAUACGUAUUUCUGUGGGUGCCGUGAGGCGGCGAGAAAGGCCACCUCUUUAAAUUAAAAGAAGGAAUGACGCUGGAGAAUCCGUUCUUUGUCGUCAAGGACGAAGUUUGCAAGGCCUUAAAUAAAAACCGCGGUUUAUACGGGCGCUGGACGGAAUUGCAAGAUGUUAUUGUCACGAGCUCUACCGUGAGUGGGGGAAUCCCAAUCUCACGUGACGAAUUGGAGUGGACUACUACCGAAUUACGAAAAGCCUUACGCUCGAUAGAAUGGGAUCUCGAUGAUCUAGAAGACACGAUCUGUAUUGUAGAAAAAAAUCCGACAAAGUUUAAGAUAGAUAACAAGGAAUUAACGGUUCAACGAAGUUUUAUCGAACAAACGCGAGAAGAAGUUAAGACUAUGAAGGAUAAAAUGAAUUUAAGUAGGGGUCGAGAUCGCGAUAAUACAGCCAGACAGCCACUCUUAGAUAACAGUCCUGCUCGAGUUCCUGUCAAUCAUGGUACAACAAAGUACAGUAAAUUGGAAAAUGAAAUUGAUAGUCCAAAUAGGCAAUUUUUGGGAGACACGUUACAACAACAAAAUGACAUGAUGAGGCAACAAGAUGAACAAUUAGACAUGAUAGGUGAAAGCAUUGGAACGCUUAAAACAGUAUCCAGACAAAUUAAUACUGAAUUAGAUGAACAAGCAGUUAUGCUAGACGAAUUCGGUAAUGAGCUAGAGGUGACUGAUUCUAAACUUGAUGCAACAAUGAAAAAAAUGGCCAAAGUUCUUCAUAUGAGUAAUGGUAAUUAUAAUAAUUACAUUCCUGCUCCUACUACUGCAACAUCUAGUGUUUCUGAUCUUGCCUCUAAACCUUCUUCUCUAUCAUCCUUAUCAAAUACAAUAACUAAUUGUUUCUUAUGUUCUGGAGAUUAAAUAGAUAUUUUUAUUAUAAUUUUACCAUAAUUAUUCAGUAAUAUUUAUAAACCAUGUAUUCUUUUUGCUUGAGCAUUUUCUUUUGUUCAAAUUUAUUUACAACAUUUGGCUUUGUUAUUGAUACCUAAUUUUUAUGUGAUACAAAAUUAAUAAUUUUAAACAUUUACUGAAAAAUUAUGGAAUUGUGUAAUGAAUUUAAUAAUUCAUUUUGUCUUUACAAUAACAUUGCAUAUUGUGAUUAUCCAUGAAUAAGUCAUUUCCUAUUCAUUCUCUUCAUUAAUUUAAGCUAAUUUUUAGCACUGUUGCACUUAUUUUUAAUGAUUUGAUUUUUCUAUUAAAUAUAUAUAGAAUUAUACUGCUAUAUGAUUAUUUAGAACGAGAAAUUUAUUGGAGAGUAGAAGUCUCAUUAAAUUGAAGUUACUUUUAAAGCAAAAAAUUAAUAAAAUAAAUAGCAUUUAUAAUUCAUAUAUUUCAUAUAAUGAAAUAACCAUUUUAAUUUCUUUAGUUUUUUAUUAUUAUAUUAAGUAUGAAAUUGACAAAUUAUUUAUUAUUUAUCAAAUGAUUAAAGUUUUAGUAAAACGAUAAUAAUAAGUUAAAACAUGUUAUAAACAUGAAAUAAAAGUAAAAAUUGAUACUUAGUAGGAACUCCCACUUAAAUUAUAAAAGAUCUUUCUGUUAUUUUAUUCAUCAUUUUUAUUAUAAUAAUAUAAAAGAAAAAAUUGAAAAAUUUAUAUUUUAAUACUCAUCUUUCCAUAAUCUUCAUGCUUUUCUUACAUAAUAUAUUCAAACAUAAGAUCUUAUAAAUGUUGUGUUAACUUUUAUUAUCAUAACAAAAAUAAUCAAAAACAAAGAUUAAUUUUUUAAUGUAAACAGUUGUUGAAAAUCUAUGUAUAUAAAAUAAUUAGUAUAUAAAUUUAUAGUUUUUAAAAAAGUUAUAUAUAUUUAAAUUUAGUAAAUGAUCUCUAAAAGUGUAGUAUUAAAAUGGACCAGUUGUAAUUUCAGAACAAUAGUUAAUUUUAAAACAAUACAGUUCAAGUAUUUAUUUACAUAGCACGAUAGGCACUAAAUGGUAGCAUGAAAUUCAAUAGCAACAUCAGAAAAUUAAAGAAAGUUAACAUAUAUCAACAAAAUAUAAAUAAAUAAACAAAUUGUAUAUAAAUAUCUCAGUAUAUAGGAAUUUAAAAAAGUAGUUUAGAUGAAUAGAGAAAUGUUAACGUAUUGCCAAAUAUUUCAAAACAUGUAUCAAAGCAGGAAAAGGUAGCACAAGUAAUUUGUGCCUGAGAAAAUUUUAAUGUCAUAAAUUUAUAGACAAAUAUAUAUAGUAUACAUAUAUACAUAUAUACUAUUAGAAAAACAUUUUCAAUAAAUUUGGAAACUUCUGAUACUUCUACUUCCAAUGUACACAACAUGUGAUAUUAAUAUAUUGAUUAAAGCGUAGACAAAAAUAGUUUAGGACCUGGUAGUGUGAAAUAUUCAUACCAUAUUGUGAAAGUACCAGUCAGUUUAUGUGUGUAAUGAAUGUAAAUGAAAAUAUAAAGUUUGAAAGAAAAGUGUUGAAGAGAAAGAAGAGAAAAAUGUGAAAACAAUUAUUUGUACGUAUGGUGAUUGUUGAUUGAUUGUUUCUCAAUGCGAAUGAGAUUGUUCAUAAGUACUAUAAAAUUUAAUGACUCCAGAUAAUCUGAAGCUCUCUCUCCAUUUUAAGAAAGUAAAACAUAAUGAAAUGAAUUGAAAAUUAGAAAUUGAUACGUUUAUUCAUUGUUAGAAGAGUGUUGAUAGUAUAAUGUUGUGAAUUCAUACGUAAAAGAGAAAUUGUUUAUUCUAGUUGUACUUAAAAAUUAAAAGAAAAAAUUAUACCUUAUUAUUUCACAUAAAUGACCAAUUGUGAAGACAUACUGAUAAAUAAAAUUUGAGACUUUAUUUAUACUGUACAUGUUACUGUAAAGUACCACAAACUCCUACCCGCUGAAACUAUUCAAAUAAUAAUUACAACAAUAUUAUAUAUGUAUAAGAACUCGUUAUAUAUUGAAUUCUGUGUUUGAGAGAUAAUAAUAAAUAUAUUUUUUCAUUAAAUUUUUGUUGAAACCAAUUUUCAGCACUUUACUUUGUUUAUUACAUUCAGUUUCUCUAAUACGCAUAUAAGUAAGCAAUAUAAAAUCUCUCAAUCAUGGAAUAUGAUCUUUUUCACUUAAAACAUGUUUAUAAAUAUGUCUUAUAGGUAUGUCAUUUUUUCCUCAUUUUUUGCUUUUAUAUGUUUAUGCGAAAAUAAUUUUUAUUCAUGCGUUUAUGCAAUUUCUAAACAAUGAAUAUAUAUAAAAAUUAUUAUUUUGAUGCUUCUGUAAUUUAAUAAAUGUUACAAUUACUGCUUGUUAUGUAUAAACAACUCAAACUCAAAAUAUAAUUUUAAAAGGUAUUUAAAUUAGUUUAUAAUAUUGAUUCUUUGCACUUUUAAAGUAUUGAAUGGAUAUGGCAAACAUCUUUCAAAAUAUGUAAAAGAUUAAAUCUUAAUAACAAAUUUAUAGCUUAAUAUUUAAGUGCAGAGUAUCAAUGUAGAAAAUAUAGUGUUGUUAUAAAAUGUUUGUUGAAGAAUGCAUGUUGAAAAUAAUAUACAAUAUUUACUGUUUGAAGAAGGGCCAAAUAUAUAAAUAUUAAUUUUUCUUAUAUAGUAUGCCAUAUAUGACUUGUUUAAUUUUACCGUUGUUCAAUGAAUGACGAUAAAAUCUCUUGAUUCUGACUACUUUUUUUAUAAGUGACGCAUGUGAUGUUACUUUCCGUUUGUUUUAGAUCGGAGACAAUGGGUAGCCAUUGGAGUGUUGACCGCUAUAUUGGUGUUUCUAAUAAUUUUAUUUAUAAUUAAGUGAAUCUCGUUUAAUUUCCUAGUUUCCUUAAGAAUUUAUUGGUUCUUCUUCAUAGCAUUUAGACGAAUGUGUUAAAUUCUGUUUUAAUAAUGAAUUAUUAAUAGCGAUAUUCUAUGAUCUAUUAUAAUAAAUAUUUACAGUUAUUACA